GUUUGUCGGGGGCAGCGCGAAGCAACAAAAGCAAGGAAAAGAGGGAGAGAGGGCGAGAGAGAGAGAGAAGAGCUCAGGAUCGAGAAAAAAAAAGAUAAAAAACCCUAAAACUCUCUCUCCCAGAUCACUCCUCAAAAACCUCUCUUCCAAGAAUUCAAGAUGCAUAAAUUGGGUAGAGGGCACCGAGAGAAAGUUCAGCAGUUCAUGGCAAUAACGGGAACAAGUGAGAAGGUUGCUCUUCAGGCAUUGAAGGCCAGUGAUUGGCAUCUGGAAGGGGCUUUUGAUAUAUUCUACAGCCAGCCACAGAUUAGAGCAGUGACUGAUUCUCGGCAUCUUGAGGAGCUUUAUCGUAGAUAUAAAGACCCUUACGUCGAUAUGAUCAUGGCCGAUGGCAUCACCCUUCUUUGCAAUGAUCUGCAGGUGGAUCCUCGAGACAUUGUUAUGUUAGUUGUGUCCUGGCAUAUGAAGGCUGCUACCAUGUGCGAAUUCUCUCGUCAGGAGUUUAUUACUGGAUUGCAGUCAUUGGGGAUAGAUUCCCUUGAGAAGUUCCGCGAGAGAAUACAGUUCAUGCGCUCAGAGCUAAAAGAUGAACAAAAAUUCCGUGAGAUAUACAACUUUGCCUUUGGUUGGGCUAAGGAAAAGGGACAAAAAUCUUUGGCACUUGAUACAGCUAUUGGCAUGUGGCAGUUACUGUUUGCUGAAAAGCAGUGGCCUUUGGUUGACCAUUGGUGUCAGUUCUUACAGGCCAGGCAUAACAAAGCAAUCUCGAGGGACACCUGGUCUCAACUUCUGGAAUUCGCCAAGACGGUUGACCCUGCAUUAUCCAACUAUGAUGCGGAGGGCGCUUGGCCUUAUCUGAUCGAUGAAUUCGUGGAGUACUUGGUAGAGAACAGCAUCGUCCAAAGGAGCAGCUGAAUGGGGAGCAUAAGGAGUGGUGAACUGUGGGAUGUGAUGUAUACUAGUGAACUGUCUUCUUUAGGAUUCUAUUUAAACGUGAUUUGGAAAUUCUCCCAAACUGGUUGCAUGAAAUCAAGUUGUCCAAGAACAAUCAAACGCAGAACAUCAUAAGCUUCCAUUCUUGUAGCGAAUACUCCUAUUUUAGUCGUCUCAAUUGUGAGCGAUGUGUACUUAAAACGUUCAAAUAAGAUUUUGCAAGCACAACUAUAGGGAGGUUUUUGUUUCCAAUUCUUAUGUCCUGUAAAAUGCAUUCUAUAUAUGUUACAACAUUAAUUAAAGGAAUCAGGCAUUUGAAAAACCACCUUUUGAA